UGAUUUCGCCGGAACUUCCAUCUCCGCCGCCAAUUUAAACUGCCAAUUUUGCCGGAUAACGCAACUCCAUUUUGACAUGUUUCCCUUCUGCAAUGCCCACUUCAUAUUUACCUUCCAAAGCUCUCACUCUUCGUACAAAGAAGAAGCUCAAUAAUUCAUGCUUAGUACAAAAGAUUCUCAAUCUCUCUUCGCAAGGCUAUCUUAAACAAGCCUUCAAUUACCUUAACAUCCUAACCCGUAAAGGCGUUCGCUUAGACAGUAAAACUCUUGCUUCUAUCAUUCAACAAUGUGCCAAUUCCAGAUCACGUGAAGAAGGAAAAUGGAUCCAUUUGCAUCUCAAAACUACUGGGUGGAAACACCCCACUACAUUUCUAGCCAACCAUUUAAUUAGUAUGUAUGGUAGAUGUGGUGAUCAUAUGGAAGCACGUAAGGUGUUCGAUAAAAUGACUACGAGAAAUUUGUAUUCAUGGAAUAAUAUGCUUUCUGGGUAUACUAAGUUAGGCCUGAUUAAGGCUGCUAAAAGGUUGUUUGACCAAAUGCCGGAGAAAGACGUCGUUUCUUGGAAUACUAUGGUAAUUGGCCAUGCUCAGGUUGGCUACUUCAACGAGGCUCUCAAGUUGUAUAGAGAAUUUAGGAGGUUAAGUAUUGGGUUCAAUGAGUAUAGCUUUGCUGGGGUUAUCACUGCAUGUGUUAAGUCCAGGGAUUUUUCUCUCACAGGGCAGGUUCAUUGUCAAGUAUUCAUAGCUGGGUUUUUAUCCAAUAUAGUUCUUUCUAGUUCAAUUGUUGAUGCUUAUGCAAAAUGUGGGAAGAUGAGCGAUGCUAGGAGGUUGUUUGAUGCAAUGCGAGUAAGAGAUGUUCUUGCCUGGACCACCUUGGUUUCAGGUUAUUCAAAGUGUGGCGAUAUGGUGUCAGCCAGGGAGCUUUUUGAAGCAAUGCCUGAGAAGAAUCCUGUUUCUUGGACAGCUUUGGUUGCUGGUUAUUCCCACAGUGGCAUGAGCAUUCAGGCCCUUGAGUUAUUUGCAAAGAUGAUGAAGCUUCAGGUCCAACCUGAUCAGUUUACAUUUAGUAGUUGCUUAUCUGCUUGUGCUGGUAUAGCAUCGCUUAAGCACGGUAAGCAAAUACAUGCAUUUCUGGUGAAUGCUGGUUUUAGACCUAAUACAAUUGUUUUGAGUUCACUCAUUGAUAUGUAUUCAAAAUGUGGAAGUUUAGGAGUUGCAAGGAGGGUAUUUGAUACCGCAUAUAACAAGCAUGAUACAGUAUUAUGGAAUACUAUGUUGUCUGCAUUAGCACAACAUGGCAUGGGUGAAGAGGCGAUUGAAAUGUUCUUUAAGAUGGUGAAGUUUGGAGUGAAACCAAACCGUAUCACUUUUGUUGUCCUUCUCAAUGCUUGUAGUCAUUCUGGGUUAGUGCAAGAAGGGCUUUCCUUUUUCGAGACAAUGACCUCUAGUUAUGAUGUUCUUCCUGAUCAAGAACAUUUUGCAUGCAUAAUUGACCUCUUGGGUAGGGCAGGACAUUUUAGUGAAGUGCUAGCUCAGAUAAUGAAGAUGCCUUGUGAACCUGAUGAUCAUAUUUGGAAUGCCUUACUUGGUGUUUGUAGGAUUCAUGGAAAUGUGGAGUUGGGUAGAAUGGCUGCAGAACUGCUAAUAGAGCUGGACCCACAGUCUCCUGCCGCAUAUUUGCUGUUGUCAAGUAUUUAUGGUGUACUUGGGAUGUGGGAAAAUGUAGAGAAAGUGAGACAGCUUAUGAAUGAGAGACAUGUUAGGAAAGAGGAGGCUGUUAGUUGGUUAGAAAUUGAACAUAAAAUGCUCCCAUAUUUUGGGUGCAAUAAGUUGAAUACUCUGGAGAGAGAUGGACACACUAUUUUGCAACUGCUAGCUGAUCAGACAAAUGCUGAUGAUCUAGUACAUGAUAGUAAAAGGUAAAUUUUGUUCCAUUUUUGCUUCUGUUACUGAAUUGUUUUGCAAAAUAAAU